CCCCGCCUGGUUUCAGCUGCUUUCCUUAGAUUCCAGACUAGCUCUGAGAUUUCUCUCCAGUGUCAUUAAAAGGAUUUUCUCUCCAACGUGCAGGGCUCCACCAGUGACUUGGUGCCACCGGCUCCCUUGAGACCUAGCUCCCGGCUUCUGAUGGACUAAUCCUUCACUUCUUGGGCCAUGGGAGAAUGGGAGAGGGGAGCCUUUGGGCACCGGGUGCCAGCUCCCGCCUCUGUGGCUGUCGGGCACUUUGUCUCCAGCGUUCAGCAGUCGGCGGCGACAGCAGCCCAGCACAGCCCAGGACUUGGCAAGCCUUUGCUAACGCGCGCUCCUCCUCCUCCUGCCGCCCGGCCCAGCCCGGCGCGUCUCGGAGGUGCGAACCAGGCAACAUCCAGCUCCACUAGCAGUGGGUCGGCUGGUGGCGGUGCCCAGCUUGGGGCACACAGUUAGAGGGAGCUCUCGCGGUUGCUGAAGCGAGGAAGGGGCGGGAGGCGCCUUUGCUUGAAGCCGCCUGGCUUAGGCUGGGGCUAGGAGGGAGCGGGAGCGGGAGAUGCUGCGGCUGCUGGCAGGACCCUGAUGAUCCGCUUGCUCCGCAGCGUCAUGUCAUUCCCGCCUAUGCCUCCGCCGCCACCGCCGCUGCCGCCCGCCCGAACCCCGGUGGGGCCCGCCGCGCGCCAGCUAUCCCGUAGGCCCUGCGCGCCGCCCGCGCCACCGCCGCCGGUCGCCGCCGGAGAGAAGAAAAAGAGGCCACCCGAGAUGUUACUCUCCAGCUCCUGGCCUUCAGCCACCCUGAAGAGGCCGCCGGCCCGGCGCGGCCCCGGCCUGGGUCCGGGCACCCCGCAACCACCGAUCUCAGCACGCGUCCCGCCCCAGCCCUCUCCGGGCCGUGGGGGGACCUCGACCACGUGCUCCGCGCCCCGGCGGGUCGCCUGCAGCCACAGCUCAGCAGGAGCCACCGCCGCGGGAACCUCUGCGGGGGCGGGGUCUGGGCCCGACGAUGCCACGCGCUUCUCGUUGAGCCUCACCCCAGAAGCCAUCCUGGUCAUCCAGAGGCGCCACCUGGAGAAGCAGUUGCUGGCGCGACCCCGGAGGCCCUUCCCCACGCCCUCGGCCGACCCCCGGCGCCCACUGGUCCCCUGUCCCCGGAGCAAGUCCUCGACCCUGCGGAGGGGAGGAUCCACUAGUGUCCCCGAGGCGCCUCUGGCUGUAGCUGUCAGCAGCCGCCCUCCCCGUGCCUCGCUGCUGCCUGGAGGUCUGCAGGCCGCUCUGCCCAGCCCGCGCACCUCCGGCCUGCGCCCGGUGCUCAAGGUGUCGUUGCUCAAUGAAAAGCACAAGUACGACGAUGAGGAGUACGAGGAGGAGGUGGAGGUGGUGGACGAGGGCCUGGUGCGCAAGUGCACGGAGUGGCUGCGUGGGGUGGAGUCGGCAGCUGCUGCGAGGGGUCGCACAGGGCAUCUGGACACGCUGCCCCACCUGAGCACUCUGUGAACUAGGUGGGCCAGGUGGGACCCGACCUGGUUCGAGGCCUACCAUCACCUCCCGCCCUCGUUGCCCACCUGGGCCCUUGUGAACCAGGUAUGACAGCAAGGGGGCAGGACUGUUGCCUGGAGCCUUCCCCAGGUGUGCCUGGUCAUGAGUGACCCACAGCCUUUUCUGACGCCCACGACCCAUCUCCUGUGCACCGCCAACCAGCCAACUUGCCUGACUUAAAGGGCUAUUCCUUGCUCUUCCUGUUCCCCCCACACACCGUGGGGAGGAAGAACCUGUGAAAUGCCUUCUAA